AGAACAUGGGACGCUUCAGAUGGGAGCUUUCCAUGUGAUUCAGUGAGUGCCUUUAUCAGCGGCAGCUGCAGUUCCCCUCACAGACACUCACACUGCCUCUCUGAGCACGAGAAACAAGGACGUCCUUCUUUUGCCUGGAAACCAGAGAUGUUAGUAACGAGCAGUUAAAGCCUCGCUGUAUCAGUACUGCUCAACUUUCAUUUCUGAGGAGUUAAUCAGCUUCUAGAGACAUUUGAAAUCGCCGUGCAGAUCUGGCGACAAGGGACUACUUGAAAAGCUCAACCUGAAUGUAAUAUUUGGUUGAAGAAGGCAGGAAUAAAAAGCCAUCAUCAUGAAUUUUGUUAUGAAGCAAGCUCUGGGAGGGGCGACCAAAGACAUGGGGAAAAUGCUGGGGGGCGAGGAGGAGAAGGACCCUGAUGCCGAGAGAAAGGAGGAAGAAAGACAGGAAGCCCUGAGGCAACAGGAAGAGGAGAGGAAGGCAAAGUAUGCAAAAAUGGAAGCGGAGAGGGAAUCACUUCGACAGGGCAUCAGGGAUAAGUAUGGUAUAAAGAAGAAGGAAGAGAAGGAGGCAGAAGCCCAGGCAGCCAUGGAGCAGGCAUCAGAAGGCAGUCUGACCCGUCCCAAGAAAGCAAUCCCUGCCGGCUGCGGCAAUGAAGAAGAGGAGGAGGAAAGCAUCGUGGACACCGUCAUGAAAUUCCUCCCAGGCCCAUUUCAAGAUAUGUUCAAUAAAAAGUAACAACGUUCCACAACAUGUUGUAAUAAAACAGGAAUCAUUAAUGUCAUGAAAUCCACCUUCUCUUUCCCCUUCCCCUCUCUCGCAUAUGUUCAAAGAUCUCUGGACUCAAAAUUUGUGCCACAUCAUGUCUUUAACAAAAAAAAUAGACAUUUUCUGAUUAAAACAAUGAGGAAAAUACAAUGUGUGCACUAGAAAUGUUACAUUGCAUACAUCAGACUCUGUUUAAAGACAAAUUAAAUGCCCCAUGAGUCUGGAUCUUAGAGCAAGAAUAUUCCCUGUGUUCAUUAAUUCUGUUUGUACAUAGCAAAUGAAAAAAAAAAUGUAUAUGACCACAGAUAUACACACAUACAGUAUAUAUAUAUAUAUAUAUAUAUAUAUAUAUAUAUAUAUAUA